CCGAAAAAGCUUCUUUAUCUCGCAAUCGAUCUUCCUUGGGAGUGUGAGCUCACUGUGGACUGUUAUGUCGUCUGCGCCAGUUUUCACAACACACGCCGGAUUAAAUCUCUUUCUGCCAUUGUUGACAGUGGUACUCUUUCCUUGCAGGGACUGAGUCCACGCUACAGCCGUGAUAUCCCGAGAUAUCAAAAUAGAAGGCGCAGCAAGAACAAGCCACCAACGUUUAUUUGGUGACGACAGACCUCUGCCGAACAGGCAAGGUUCUUGUUGUUUUCACCUCAAUUAAAUACCUGAAAACUUGUUCAAUCGAUUUUUUGGGAGCCGUCCUUGGCGACUUUCCUUAGCAUCAACCUCGAAACGUAGGCUUUAGGCUCGGGAGUCGAAUUUGUAUUUCGACGUUUCACCAGAGUAGCAAUUAUGGCAGACACUAUGCAAGCAGAUAAUACCGAAAAGGACAAUAACAGCGAUACCAAGUGUGGAGAGCAGAUGGUGGCGCCAAGUCAAGCCCUGAAUGUGUGCCGGUUAUCCGGAUCUUCGUGCCCAAGACCACUCAAACUGACUUCGGCUUACGAAUGCCCACAGCCUCAGCCUUCUGAUAACACACCAACCACCAAAGAUGGCAAGGCUGAAGCCAACAAACCAACCGGCGACUUCAAGAUCGACCUUGAAGAUGCCCUCAGUCCUGAUCCCGGAACGGAGGACAUGUUUGUCUGCGAGGACAAUCGCUUCGCAUACUCGCCUGGUCAGCUAUCCAAGCUCCUCAACCCCAAGAAUUGGAAUGCCUUUUACGCCAUUGGAGGCCUCGCCGGUCUGGAAAAGGGCUUGCGAACGAACCGCAAGGAAGGUCUGAGUGUCGACGAGACCGCAGUAGAUGGCACCGUCGCCUUUGAGGAGGUUGCUGUCAAGGGUGCCCAGAGGCAUGGUUCGGUGACCGAGGAUCUCAUAGCCAAGGCUGCCAAGAAGAAUAGCUCCGACAGUGGUAAUAAGUCGGGACAUCCGCAGCCACCUCCCAUGAACGUCGAGGCAGGCUCGCCCUUUGCCGACCGAAAACGCAUCUUCAGGGACAAUCGCCUACCGGCAAAGAAGUCCAAGUCGCUGCUGCAGAUCGCUUGGGAGACUUACAACGACAAGAUUCUCAUCCUGUUGACCUUUGCCGCCAUCAUCUCGCUUGCUCUUGGUCUGUACCAGACAUUUGGUGUGUCCCACGAAGGGGGAGGAGCCAAAGUAGAGUGGGUUGAGGGCGUCGCUAUUCUGAUGCAACGUAGUUUCAAUAAGCUGAACGCUAAACAUGAUGACCGCCACGUCAAAGUCAUACGCUCGGGAAAGAGUGUCGAGCUGUCAGUCUAUGACAUCUUGGUCGGCGACGUUAUGCAUCUUGAGACUGGCGACUUGGUACCAGUGGACGGCAUAUUCAUUCAAGGCCAUGGUGUGAAGUGUGACGAGUCUUCAGCUACAGGAGAGUCUGACUUAUUGAAGAAGACUCCUGCAGAUGAGGUCUUUGCAGCUCUUGAGAAGAUUCAUGAAGGCAACUCGGACAAUUCCAAGAUUGAGAAGAUGGACCCAUUCAUCAUUUCAGGCAGCAAGGUCAAUGAGGGAACCGGUACCUUCCUGGUAACUGCUGUUGGUGUUCAUUCGAGUUACGGCCGUAUCAUGAUGACGAUGCAGACAGGACAGGAGUCUACCCCCCUGCAGCAGAUGCUGAACAAACUGGCUGAUAUGAUUGCAUACGCUGGUACAGGCUCUGCUCUGCUACUGUUUGUUGUCUUGUUUAUCAAGUUCCUCGUCGGGCUUCCUAACAACACAGACGGUCCCGACCAGAAAGGACAAACAUUCCUUCGGCUGUUUAUCACAGCUGUCACUGUGGUUGUUGUAGCUGUUCCCGAGGGACUUCCAUUGGCUGUAACUCUUGCACUGGCAUUUGCUACCACCCGCAUGACCAAGGACAACAACCUCGUUCGUGUUUUGCGUGCUUGCGAGACGAUGGGAAAUGCAACGACUAUCUGUUCAGACAAGACCGGAACCUUGACGCAAAACAAGAUGACGGUUGUGGCCACCACUCUCGGGACGUCUAUCAGCUUUGGUGGUACCGAUGAGCCGCUUGAAGAGCCAGAAGGUGGCCAAGAGAAGGACCAACACAGCCAUGCCGAGUCUACUAUUCGCAAUGUUCCUGUCGAGGAGUUCUCCAAAAGCCUCAGUCAAGCGGUCAAAGACAUACUGAUACAGUCUAACGCUGUAAACAGCACAGCUUUUGAAGGUGAUCAGGAUGGCGAACAUACCUACAUUGGUUCAAAGACCGAGGUAGCUCUGUUGACUUUCACUCGUGACCACUUGGGCGCCCCUCCAGUGGCUGAGGUUCGAUCCAACUCAGAUGUCGUUCAAGUAGUGCCCUUCGACUCGGCUCUCAAAUAUAUGGCAACCGUUGUCAAGCUGCCAGAUGGAAAGUACAGGGCCUAUGUCAAAGGUGCCAGCGAGAUUCUGCUCAAGCAAUGCACACGAGUUCUGUCCGACCCCGAGUCAGACGACCUUGCUACCACUGAACUCACCGACGAACUCCGCGAAACGUUCAACUCUACCAUCACUGCUUAUGCCGGACAAACUCUACGCACGAUCAGUUCUUCAUAUCGCGACUUUGACAGCUGGCCACCGCCCGAGGCAACAAGCAAAGAAGACUCGCGAUCUGCCGACUUCAACAAGGUUCACUCGGACAUGACACUCGUUUCCAUCUUCGGUAUCAAGGACCCUCUUCGUCCUGGAGUCAUCGAUGCCAUCAAGGACUGCAAACGCGCUGGUGUGGUUGUUCGUAUGGUCACUGGCGACAACAUCUUGACCGGCAGAGCUAUUGCCAAGGAGUGCGGCAUCUACCAACCCGAAGAGGGAGGUUUGGCCAUGGAGGGUCCCGAGUUCAGGCGCAAAAGCGAGGAGGAACUCAAACAAAUCGCCCCAAAGCUGCAGGUGCUCGCACGUUCUAGCCCCGAAGACAAGAGGAUUCUUGUCAAGACCCUCAAGGAGCUUGGCGAGACCGUUGCUGCAACGGGAGACGGAACCAACGACGCACCAGCGCUCAAGAUGGCUGAUAUCGGAUUUGCCAUGGGUAUAGCUGGCACAGAGGUUGCCAAAGAGGCGGCUGCUAUCAUUCUCAUGGAUGAUAACUUUGCCACCAUUGUCAAGGCCAUGGCCUGGGGCCGUACUGUACGCGAUGCCGUAAAGAAGUUUCUCCAGUUCCAACUCACGGUCAAUGUUACCGCGGUGGUUCUUGUGUUUGUCAGCGCAGUCUCUAGCUCCACUGAAGAGUCUGUCCUGAACGCAGUGCAGCUUCUAUGGGUUAACCUCAUUAUGGACACAAUGGCGGCCUUGGCCUUGGCAACUGACCCUCCUCAUCAUAGUAUCCUCAACAGAAAGCCCGAUCGCAAGUCAGCUUCGUUGAUCACUCCUGCAAUGGCAAAGAUGAUACUCGGUCAGGCCAUCUGCCAACUUGCUAUCACCCUUGUACUGAACUUUGGAGGCUACACUCUCUUGGGAUACGAUUCUAUGCCCGAUGGAGAGAUUAGACUGAAGACGCUCGUUUUCAACACUUUCGUAUGGCUCCAGAUCUUCAACGAAGUCAACAAUCGCCGCCUCGACAACAAACUGAACAUCCUCGAAGGCGUCCUGAAAAACUACUGGUUCCUUGGAGUCAACUUGAUCAUGAUUGGUGGUCAAGUUCUCAUCAUUUUUGUUGGCAGGGAAGCCUUCAAGAUUGUGCCCCUGGAUGGCAAAGAAUGGGGCAUUUCGAUUGGCCUCGGCGCCAUAUCAAUCCCAUGGGGCAUGAUCAUUCGCCUUAUUCCCGACCAUUGGAUUCUCAAACUCUUGCCUUACGCAAUUCGGCGACGAUGGGUGCCCGAGACUAUCAAGUCCGAAAAGGAACUGGAGAAACUCAAGAAGGAUCAGGAGAAAGAUGCCGAGAAGGCUGUUGCGAAGAAAGCAAAGAAAGAUGCUAAGAAGGAGGCCAAGAAGGCCAAGAAACGUGCAAAGAAGGGUGGAGCGGACGAGGAGAAGGCGACGACACCUUCGGAAUCAGACGACGAAGACAACUUCAAGCCUCCUCUGCGAACACUCACGUCUAUUCGAGGCAACAGGGCCCGAAACCACAGCUUUUACGACGGACAUCGCGGAUUCCAUCAAUACGUUCAUGACCAGAAGCGGAAGGUCAAGGCCAAGGCGCACACAAUUGCCCAUUUGGACAGCAGUCAUAAGGAGAAGGACGAGUCGCUCAAGUCUAAUGCUAGGCGGAGCUUAACGGAGCCAGCUCCUCCGCGGUCCCGAGAUGGGGAGGCAGGCCAAGUUUGAUCAGACGGUCAAGGUUCUGGGAUGGAAUUUGCUACUGGUGUUAAUAUGAUGGUCACGCAUUCGGGCUUGGGUGCUAUUAUGUCGUUCGUUUACUUGGCAGUCAAACCGUAACACAGCGAAGGACAAACUGUUUGUUUCAGAGUUUCGGUUUGUGCCAAUCGUUUUCCAUGUUUUCACGUAAAUACAAAUAAUGCGCUGAGUCAAUUCAAGCGAACUUUUGUUUUCUUAA